AACAAAUUUGACUCAAUUACUUGUCUUUAUUGUGUAGACUGAAGCCCCUAGAUAUUGCAUUUAUGAAGGAGCUCCAUAAUUUGGUGAACAUAAUUCCUGUCAUCGCCAAAUCAGACACUCUAACCCAAACUGAAGUCAGGACACUCAAAACAAGGAUUUUACAAGAAAUCUCUGACAACGGGAUCAGGAUAUAUAACGGAGAAAUAGACGAAGAAGACGACUCGCCCGAAAUAAGAGAACUUAGGGAUGCUAUCCCAAUGGCUGUGGUAGGGAGCACCACUUUACUGGAGGUUGGGAAUAAGAGAGUCCGCGGGCGUUUGUAUCCGUGGGGCGUGGUUGAAAGUAAGAUUAAUUAUUAUUGGGCGAAGCCCACUAGUUCGAGUAGAGUAUGUCUGUCUGUACACGUACGUCACCCCUAUUU